AUGUGUACCACAUGUCUUGACAUUCACAACAAAUGGCCGCCUCUUGGCAAGCAUAGAGUUGUGAGUGUAGAAGACGUCAGAGAGGGAAGGGUGGUCCUCGAAAAAGAGGUUUACUGCCAAGAACACAAAGCAGAUAAGAAAAAACACCUCUGUAAUGAUGUGUGUAUAACCUGUAAGAAGUUCAUCUGCUUGAGAUGUAGGUUGCUGAACCACGAGAAUAAAGGCCAUACAGUUCAAAAUACUGAGGAAUACAAUGCUUCUACCAAGAAUGAAAUUGAAUCUCUACAAGCCCGAGGUAAAAUGAAAGUUACACCUAUCAAGGUUCGAUUAUUCUGCAUCAAGAAUCAGGAAAAGCGUGUCAUCGAUCACUUUGAUGGCAAUACGGAGGUUAUUAACAAGACGUAUCGAGAAUCACUCAAUAAAUUAAACGAGUGGAAAGCAUCAUUAGACAACCAGUUGGAUGCUCAGAAAGUGAAAUUAUAUAAGAGAUUGGAUGAGAUGCAAGAUGUUGAUGAGAGGAUGAUUACAAGUAUUGAGAGUGCGAGUGUGUUAGCAGGUAAUAGCAUGAAGGCUCCAUUAGAAGAUGAUAUCAUUGUUAUUCGUGAUACAUUGUCUGGAGAGCUGAAGAAUGUACUAGAUAGGGAUGAUCCACAGAUGGAGCUUGCUACGGAUGUAGCUAACCAGGCAGAGCAAUUGAUAUUCACACCUAACAAUCAAUAUGAUCAGUUGAACAUAGGUGAGGUAAGGUUCAUGAAGUAUGAGUUAGAAUGUGAUGUAGAACUCUCUAAGAAAGACUACAUGAAUGGCAUGACUGCUACACCCGAUGGUAGGAUGGCAGUGGGCUACAGCUCAGGCGGAAUCGAUAUCUUCUCUGCUGAUGGUCACCUACAGAAGACAGUCCUCAAUGAAGUCCGGAUCGGAAGAUUAGGAUAUCUGUCUGACGGUCGGUAUGUCGUUCUAAAUGACACAGAUCGCCUCACAUUGUACACACAGGAGUUUGAGAAGCUGGACGUAUCAUUUGAUACUCAGAGUAAAGAUGUAGUUGGGUUUGGGCGUCUCACUGUAGACAGUAAUGAUCUGAUCUUUGUAGGCUACUCAUCAGCCACAAAGAUCCAGGUGUUCUCACCAGCAGGGGGGAAGGCGAUCAUUGAGAUACCAUGCGAAGUGUAUGAACCUUGGCAGAUCCUUAGUUAUAAUGACGUAUUGAUCAUCAACUGUGUAAAUGCAGUACGAAUAAUUGACAAAGUUGGAAAUGUAAAACACAAUGUUGAAAAAUCAAAUGUGUACCCAUUCCCUGCUGUGAGUCAGAAUAAUUCAAUCCUGAUCGCUUGGGUCAAGCAUGAUGAUGGGUUGGUUAGUAUAGAUGAGUACACCAGCAAUCUGAAAUACGUCCAGACUCUCAUCUCUGAUCACAGGAUUGAGAAUCCCAAUACACGUGUAUGGUACUAUCUCCGCGAGUUCCCAUCAGGGGAGAUUGCCUUCUGCACUCCUGGUAGACUCUAUAUAUUUAAAGAAACCACCACACCAUGCAGUCCAUGA